AUGUCGGCAGCAGUUCCUGUCAGUGAAGGAAAUGGUGGAGUGGCCGCACAGAACCCGCUGCCAAGCGGUGAACUGCCGUCCACCACUUCACUAGCACAGCAACCCCUGAGCCCGGUGGGCACUUCACCACCUUCUAAUGCUCUAGUCACGGCACCUGGAACAGCGGGUACUUCUCAAAAUGCUAUGCCAGUAAACACGGUGGAUCAAACGAAUCGCUACAACAACAAUAAUGAAUAUGCGAACAGCUACAACACUGGUAUGGGCUACGGAGGCUUAGGAAUGGGUUAUGGGGGUCUCGGCAUGGGCUACGGAGGCUUAGGAAUGGGUUAUGGAGGUCUCGGCAUGCCUGGCAUGUACGGAGGCUUAGGAAUGGGUGGCUUAUAUGGUGGAUUAGGUAUGCCUGGUAUGUACGGCAUGGGGAUGUCAGAAGACUUUCAGCGCAGUCAAAUGACUUUCAUGCUCGUAGGGCGUCUUUUGGAGAUGUGCGGGAUGUUUGCGGGUGUCAUUCAAAUGACGUUUGGGAGUGCGCUUCAGUUUAUGGGAAAUUACAUUGGCAUGAGUCAACAGUACAAUAAACUGAAAUCUGGUAUGUAUAUGGACGAGGCGGGUAGAUGGGUGGAGCUGCCAAAGGGCACCGACUCCAGCAGAGAAAGCGCUGUGUCAGGUACCCGCCGCAGACCCUCCAGGCACCGGAAACAAGAAAAGCAAAGCCACCCAAUUUUCGGUGUCCUGAGAAGAUUACUAUUUCUGCUGCUUGCAGUGAUGCUGGCAAAAAGGAUUACUCGUUAG